GUUUAUCUAUUUAUUGUGAAUUAUUAUUCUAAAUCUGCAUACUAAUUUAGGUUGAUACAUGACUAAAAUUUUAUUAUUUACAUCUUGUAUUGUUCUGUUGGGAUAUUCUAUCCCUUCAACUUCCGCCCAUGGUCUAUUUCUUUUUCCUGGUCCACUUGAUAGUCCUGGGUUUUUUGGCGCAACUCGAGGGUAUGAUCUUGCCAAAACAGAUAUUAGCACUCUUCGUAAUCCACUUUCAUCCCCCAACUUCUGCCGAGGAAAACCCUCCCGGUCUCCUGUCAAUAUCUCUCUUAAAAAUGGUGCACAGUUUACUAUCACCUUGGCGUUUUCUCUCCAGGCAAAUCAUAUUGGACCAUGCUCUAUUCAAAUGAUUGAUCCAAAUAACCCCGAUUCCGACCCGGUUAUUAUCGCGUCUGUGAAUGGACCCAACGGGUGCGCUGUUAAACCUCUUAGUCGAUACUCAACUCUUGAUGGACCAACCAGUCAAGUUUGUCCUGGAUUGGUUCCACCUGGGAUAAAGGAUGCUUCAAAUGACAUGUGCAUGAGUGAAUGGACGUUUGAUGUCAAAAAUGUUGAUAAAAUCAAGUGCACUACCUGUAUUAUGAGAUGGCUUUGGUCUGGCCAGCAUCUGUCUGUCACCGACCCUGAAGAAUAUGAGAACUGUAUUGAUGUCCGUCUUUCUGGAGAAACUGGAGGCACUCCAGGCCCUGUUAUAGUAACUACAACUUCUUUGGAUACACCUACUGCUACCACAGAAGACAAUCGCGAGCCUACACCAAGUUCAAAACCGCGUAGAAAAAAUCCCAGAAAAUCUAAAACUCGCAAACCGACCAAAACCUCCAAAAGUCCAAAGUCGGUUCAAGCCAAAACAACUUAUCCUAAGCAAGAGGAAAAUAACGAAGACACUCAAUCGGAUGAUCUUACAUCUUCUGGAUGGAGCGAAUGCAAGAAAUCCGAUAAUUCGUCUGGUCCUUAUUACGCGUGUGCAGCAACAGAUGGAGAAGGCGCUGACUACUUUGCUUGUUAUGCUGAAGAUUCAUUGCGUCCACCACGAAAAGAAUCUUGUGCACCAGGAACAUCAUGCAACCAGGCUGGAAACUGGAUUAAAUGCUAUUAAGCUUUCCUGAUUUGUUUAUUUCUGUUGUAGGUUUUCCUUAUGUUUGUCCAUCUUCCCUUGAAAGUCAUCUUGAUCCGCCCGUGUCUAUAACUAUUAUUUUUAAACCAUAAAUACAACAGUAAAUAAAUACUUGUGUGCCUAUUUUCUCU